GGCGCAUAAUAUUAAUACACAGUAAACACCACCACCCCUUAACUAGGUUGAGGUUCCCCUCCCUCGUCCAUAUAUCCCACGGAUUUCGAAAAGGAAAAAUAGGAAAAAAGAAAGGAAACUGUUUCAACUGUCGCCGUUGGAUUUCCUCUCAGCUCCAUCACCGCCGUUUCUCCAAUCUCCUUCUUCUUCUUAUUAUUCUCAUCACUUAACUAUUUGCUUCCAUGGUUUGUUGCGGUCCUGACUACCCUCGAUUGCUUGAUCUGAUGCCCAAGUAUCGAUCCGAUUGCCUCGAUUUAUGUGCCGCCACCGAUUGAAUCCCCGCCGACUUCAUCGAGCUAGGUCCUGAUAUAGCCCCCCCCCACCCGGGCUCUCGACGUAUCUUCUGGCGUUUAUUUGAUAUGUCCUUCUCCUUUUCACCUUUGGCGAGGUAGCUUUAGUGGUUUUGGUUUGGUUUUUCGAUUUGGUCCUCAAGUUUUGGAGCUUUUGUAUCGUCUUUUGUAGAUAGGUCUUUGUAGAUUCGGAUUUUGUGUGUUUUUUUAAUAACUAAAUUAGUGUUAGCAGAGAAGCUUCAAAUCCGCGAAACGGAUUUGCAAAAUUUAUUUCAGAUUUUGAAAGUUUUGAUCGAUUAGUUUUGAUAAGAGUAGCUGGAAGUGUGUAAAUUUAUAGCAAACUACUUUGGUUUUGGAGGGUGGUCCAGUUGUUUUUUUUUUCUUCCCUAUCUCUCUCCUGUUCCCUUACUUGCUUAUCGAUGGAAGAGGAUAAUCAGAACAGUAAAAGCAAUAGAAUGAAUUGCAGUAGCAGCAUGUCCGACGUCGUUUUAGGCUGCGUGAUGCCGUACAUCGACGACCCACGCGACCGCGACGCUGUUUCACUAAUUUGCCGCCGGUGGUAUGAGCUUGAUGCUCUUACCCGAAAGCAUAUAACUAUUGCUUUGUGUUAUACCACGAGCCCGGAUCGGCUACGACGUCGCUUCAAGCAUCUUGAAUCCUUGAAGCUGAAAGGGAAGCCGAGGGCAGCUAUGUUUAAUUUGAUACCGGAGGAUUGGGGAGGCUUUGUAACUCCUUGGGUUAAUGAAAUUGCGGAAUCGUUUAAUUGCUUGAAAUCCCUUCACUUUAGACGCAUGAUUGUAACGGAUUCGGAUCUGGAGGUUCUCUCCAAGUCUCGCGGACGGGUUCUACUGGUCUUGAAGCUUGAUAAGUGUUGUGGUUUCUCUACUGAUGGGCUUUUACACGUGGGUCGCCUGUGUAGGCAACUAAGAACGUUACUUUUGGAAGAGAGUUCGAUUCUUGAGAAAGAUGGUGACUGGCUACAUGAGAUUGCCUUGAACAAUACAGUUCUUGAGACUCUAAAUUUUUAUAUGACGGACCUCAACAAAGUCAGAUUUGAAGACCUUGAACUCAUAGCCAAAAACUGUCACAACUUAGUCUCCGUCAAGAUUAGUGAUUGCGAAAUUUUAGACCUUGGUGGUUUCUUUCAUGCUGCAGCUGCUUUAGAAGAAUUUUGUGGGGGUUCCUUCAAUGAUAUACCAGACAAGUAUUCUGCUGUGACAUUUCCCCGAAAAUUGUGUCGAUUGGGUCUAACAUAUAUGGGGAAAAAUGAAAUGCCGAUAGUGUUUCCUUUUGCAUCGCAACUUAAAAAGUUGGAUCUCCUCUAUGCAUUGCUGGACACUGAGGACCAUUGUCUUCUAAUUCAAAAAUGCUUCAACUUGGAAGUUCUUGAGACAAGAAAUGUGAUUGGAGAUCGAGGGUUGGAAGUCCUCGCUUCGAGUUGUAAGCGACUAAAGAGGCUUAGAAUCGAGCGCGGUGCUGAUGAGCAGGGAAUGGAGGAUGAAGAAGGUGUCGUUUCACAAAGAGGAUUAAUUGCUUUGGCUCAGGGCUGCCUAGAACUUGAGUACAUGGCUGUUUAUGUUUCUGACAUUACAAAUGCAGCUUUAGAACAAAUUGGUGCUCGCUUAAGGAACCUGAAUGAUUUUCGAUUAGUCUUGCUUGACCGAGAAGAAAGGAUAACAGAUCUACCGCUUGACAAUGGAGUUAGAUCUUUAUUGAGGCAAUGUGAGAAGCUCCGUAGGUUUGCGCUGUACCUUCGACCGGGGGGUUUGACUGAUGUGGGUCUUGCUUAUGUUGGACAGUACAGUACAAAUGUGAGGUGGAUGCUUCUGGGUUAUGUUGGGGAGUCCGAUGAAGGGCUUUUGGAAUUUUCUAAAGGAUGUCCUAGUCUUCAAAAACUGGAAAUGAGGGGAUGUUGCUUCACUGAGAGUGCACUGGCCAGAGCUGUGAUGCAACUGACUUCUUUGAGGUAUUUGUGGGUGCAAGGUUACAGAGCAUCAUCCUCCAUGCCAGGGCGCGGUCUUCUAGCGAUGAUUCGGCCCUUUUGGAACAUCGAGUUGAUUCCUUCUAGAAAUGUUGUGAUGGUUAAUCAGGUGGGAGAGGAUGUUUUGGUUGAGCAGCCAGCUCAUAUACUUGCAUAUUACUCCCUUGCUGGACCAAGAACAGAUUGUCCGAACUCUGUUGUCCCCUUGGAUGCGGUGGGGUUAGUUGCCACGUAGAGCUGUAUAUUUGAUGUUGCGUAUCUUUCUUUUUUCCUUUGAUGCCCUGUUUGUAAAUUUUUCCGUCUCUUUCCUUUUUUUGGUAAGAGGUUUUCAGUUCUAAUUUGAUAUCUGGAACCUUUAAUAAGCUUGCAUUUUAUUUGUAAUCUGAAACCAUUCGUACUCUUGAUGCCUUGCAUUCUUGUUCUCUUGAUUAGGGUCAAUUAGCCGAAGAUAUAAUAGUUUGGAGACUUGUAAUUC